AUGGGCUGUUGCUAAAAUAUACCUUUGAAGGAAAAAGAAAACAUAUUAAUAACACAAUUAAGCAUAAAAAAAGAAUUCUCCCCAAAAACUUUAUAAAUAGAGCCUUUCUCCUUAAAUUUAAUUAAGGGGGAUAUCGAUUGUAUUGAGAGGUUGGGAAGCACAUGUGCUGAUAAUAUUUUGGGGGAAAAAUAGCUCAGCAGAGUGGAUAAAUAGUUCAGUGAAUCGAUGCAAAGGGAAGUUAUAAUUGAUUUGAGGUAGGCCCCCAGUCCAUCAUUGUUGGUCAAGGAUAGAAGCAGCAGAAAUUUAAAUAAUAAAUUUAUAGGAAUGCUGUGA